AUGCAAGCGCGCAUGGCGUAUUUUGAGGACCGGGAUUUUUUCUACGAUGACUGGCUCGCAGACGCAGCCCGGGAUGAGUGCCUUGACCUUGACAUGUUUGAAGGCAGCAUCUACAGCGGCGCCGGGCGCGAAUUCAGCCCAUUCUAUGAUGACUUCGGCAUCUCCGAGGAGAAGUUAAAGGACACGUUGACCAAGAGCUGCACCUUGCUAGACGCCCUGGAUGACAUGCAGUUCGGGCUCGCAUUCUUCCUGAAGAGUUGCCGUCUGCCGCUUGAGGCGAAGCACAAGAUCCGCGGCUUCGUUCGCUCCGCAGAGGAGUUCGAUGGUAGGGAGGUGCUGGGCUUGCACAAUGGCCAGAGCUACUUUCUUCAUUCCAUGGCGUGCCUGCCAGCUGGUCGUUUGCUUUGCUCUCAAAGCUUCUCGGGGCCAAGAAUGUCGGUAGCUGACCACUACACCCGCCUGGGCUGCCCGGUUGCCCCCACAGCAGCUGUUGCCAUAGUCACAAGCUGUGAGGAGGAUUCCUUUUGCGAGGACUGCUGGGUUCCGUUGCCGGCGGAAUUUGCAGUUCUGGCGCCGGGCAAAGUAUUUCCUUGUGGCACUGGCACUGGGUAUCUGAAUGAGAUGCUGGAGGGGUUCGACGACUCAUUCGAAGAGCCACGGGUGUAUGAGGAAGCCAUUGGGUUCAGUCAGGAGGAGGAGGACUAG